AUGGCGUUGCCAGCAGUUGCUGAAUACACUACAAGGCCCGAGAAGUGGUGGGAUAAGUUAGUGAAGAUGACAAAGAUGGUAAAGAAACUUGCACAAGAUGACCCCAGAAGAGUUAUUUAUGCCUGUAAGGUGGGAUUGGCAUUAGUAUUGAUUUCCAUUUUGCAACAUUUUCGUCCCUCCUUCUACGGUUUUGGUUCCAAUAUAAUAUGGGCAGCAAUUACCAUCUCUUUCAUCUUUGAAUUUUCCGUUGGCCCAACACUGGCGAAAGGUAUAAGCGAGAUAUUGGCGACGGGGCUAGCUGGUGGACUGGGUGUUGCAACCCGUAGCAUAGCGAUUCUUUCUGGGGAGAAAGGAAAGGCUGUGUUUUCUUCGUUCUUUGUCUUUGUGAUAGGUGGAAUCGUGACAUACGUUAGACUUUCUCCAUGGUUGAAGGCGAGAUACGAUUAUGGGUUGACCAUCUUCAUAUUGAACUUUUGCUUGAUAUGUCUUUUGGAUUAUACGAAGAGUGAAAUGCUAGAAAUAGCAGUGGAGAGGUUUUUAACGAUCAUUGUUGGGAGUUGUGUAGCUAUUGUCGUAUCUAUUUGCAUAUGCCCUGUUUGGGUUGGCCACGAUCUUCACAAUCAGAUUGCUAGCGACAUGGAAAAGCUUGCCGAUUUUUUUGAAGGAUUUGGUGACGAAUACUUCAACAAUUCUGAGAUUUCGGAAGCUAUGGGUGAUAAACCACUUCUCCACAGAUACAAGAGCGUCCUCUCUUCAAAAAGCAGUGAUGAAACAAUGGUGUUUUUGGCAAGAUGGGAACCUUGCCAUGGCCGGUUCCGAUUUCGCCAUCCAUGGAAGCAAUACACAAAGAUUGGUAACUUAACGCGGUUGUGUGCUUACAAAAUUGAAGCUAUUAGUGUCUACCUCGCCAGCUCUAAGCAUAUUCCGUCCGAACUUGGAAGCAAGAUUAAAGAGUCAUGCACAAGUAUUAGCCUGGAAUGUGGGAAGGCCCUUAAAGAAUCAUCUUUGAAAAUGAGAGAGAUGAGAAAAUCAUCAAUGCAAAAUAGGCAUGUUACAAAUGCUAAAAAUGGUGUUGAAUCUCUUAAAUCCGCACUAAGAGCGAACCCAUGGGAAGGAGCUUAUGAUCAAGUUGAAAUAAUAUCGGCAACUGCAGUGGCUUCACUACUAAUUAAAACAGUGUUUUGUAUUGAGAAAAUUUGUCAAGCUGUUGACCAACUUGAAUCCCUUGCAAAAGUACAAUCAAUUUCCGAUGGUGAUGGUUCGCUUCAUGUCCACACCAUUAACGAGGGACCUCCAAAAAUAUGA